GAUUUUUUAGUCUUUUCAAAAGUGUCGAGAUAUAUCCUUCUCCGCGCUCUCUCGCUCUCGCGUAUAUAAACCAUUGCUAGGGUUUUGAGGAGCCGCCCGGAGACGAGAAGAGGAGGCCAUCGCUGCCCCCACGUGGAGUCGGUGCGGCGCAGAGGGUGAAGGGAACUAAAUAAGAUGUCUCACCGGAAGUUUGAGCACCCUAGGCAUGGGUCCCUUGGGUUUCUCCCAAGGAAGCGAGCUUCUCGCCACCGUGGGAAAGUGAAGUCCUUCCCAAGGGACGACCCAACAAAACCGUGCAGGUUGACGGCCUUCCUUGGUUACAAGUCUGGAAUGACUCACAUUGUCCGUGAGGUUGAAAAACCAGGAUCAAAGCUUCACAAGAAGGAGACAUGCGAGGCUGUAACUGUCAUAGAAACUCCACCAAUGGUUGUUGUUGGAGUUGUUGGUUACGUGAAGACACCACGUGGCCUUCGCACUCUUAAUACAGUGUGGGCUCAGCAUCUGAGUGAGGAACUGAGGAGGAGAUUCUACAAGAACUGGUACAAGAGCAAGAAGAAGGCCUUUACAAAGUACUCCAAGAAAUAUGAAUCUGAGGAGGGAAAGAAAGAGAUUCAGAUACAGCUAGAAAAGAUGAAGAAAUAUGCAUCUGUUGUUCGUGUACUGGCUCACACUCAGAUAAGGAAGAUGAAGGGUCUGAAACAGAAAAAGGCUCACUUGAUGGAGAUUCAGGUGAACGGGGGGACUGUUGCACAGAAGGUGGACUAUGCUUACAGCCUUUUUGAAAAGCAGUUCCCAGUCGAUGCUGUGUUCCAGAAAGAUGAGAUGAUUGAUAUCAUUGGCGUAACCAAAGGUAAGGGCUAUGAAGGUGUUGUAACUCGUUGGGGUGUCACCCGUCUUCCACGCAAAACUCACAGGGGACUUCGCAAGGUUGCCUGUAUUGGUGCAUGGCAUCCCGCCAGGGUGUCCUUCACCGUUGCUCGUGCUGGGCAAAAUGGAUACCACCACCGCACUGAAAUGAACAAGAAAGUCUACAGAAUCGGGAAAGUUGGAAAUGAGACACAUACUGCCAUUACUGAGUUUGACAGGACUGAGAAGGAUGUUACCCCCAUGGGUGGUUUUCCUCACUAUGGUAUAGUGAAAGAUGACUAUGUUAUGAUCAAGGGUUGUUGUGUUGGCCCAAAGAAGAGAGUUGUCACCCUUCGCCAGUCCCUGUUGAAACAGACUUCUCGUGUUGCUCUUGAGGAAAUCAAACUCAAGUUCAUCGAUACCUCGUCCAAGUUUGGGCACGGACGAUUCCAGACUACUCAAGAGAAGCAGAAGUUCUAUGGUCGGCUGAAGGCUUGAGUUGUCUUUGCAAACAUGGCAAUAGAUCAUUUGAUUAAAUGUCUUCAUUCAAGGCUCUGCUCUUGAUUUUGGUCGGUUUACGUUUUCUUGAACAUUCUAAAACUAGGAAAUUCUGGACUUGUAUGGUGAUGAGCUACAAUUUCACCCGUGUUUUUUCCUCUUAUGUUGAGUUAAAGUUCGUUCGAGAAAAUAUGGAAUUUGAAACAAUUGGCUUUGCAUCA